AUGCACGAAGGCCUCAACGGGAAGGACCUCCUGUAUAAGGUGUUCCUCUAUUACGUCCUAGCCACCUCCUGUAUUUCGCCUUUCGUCUCACAGGUGCUUCGUGGUGCUGGUGCUGGCAUCGCUUUUCGGCCACCCAGUCAAUGGACAAUUGCUUCACUGCGCGUCCUUCGCCAAAUGCACCUCAUGCGUAAUGCGAGUGUCCAAGUAAAGGUUCUGAUCCUGCAUUUGUAA